AUGGAUGAGGUUGAUGUGAUGACGCGUUUGCUUCGUAAGCUAAGUGCAGCAAAUGUGAGUCCGGAAGAACGUCAGCGACUUCAAGCACAAAUUGAAGAAAUUAUGAGACAGGAGUCCGAUCCAUUUGAAACAAGUGGCAACUUAUUUCCAUAUCGUGGGCGCACUCGAUUCAGCCAAUAUAUUCCGAGUAAGCCGGCAAAAUAUGGCAUGAAAGUGUGGUGGGUUUGUGACUCUGUUUCAAACUAUCCUUUGAAAGGUAUAAUUUAUACCGGAAAACCACCAGGUGGCCAGCGAGAAACGAAUCAAGGUGAACCUGUCGUCAUGAAAUUAAUGGAAAAUUAUAUGGACAGCGAAUUGCUUAACCCGAAGCGUGAUGUUAAAAGCACUUUAUUUUGUUAUCACAAUAUUAAUAUCGCUCUGUGCUCGUAUAUGGCAAAGCCGAAAAAGCCAGCAAUUAUGUUAUCCACUGCCCAUUGCCGUCAAAGCACCGAUCCAUUGAAAGGAUUCAAGCCAGAUCAAAUUUUGGACUACAAUAAAAUUAAAGCGGGGGUAGAUACAAUGGAUCAAAUGUUGACUAGCUAUUCGUGA